AUGGCAUAUCCAGAUACAUUCCAGGGCUUUGCAUCGCAGUCGCACGAGCGAUGGACUGAUUUCGAGCUCCUGGUCUUCAAGCCCAAGACCUGGAGCGAGGACGAUGUUGAUAUCGAGAUCACUCACUGUGGCGUAUGCGGGAGCGAUGUGCACAUGAUCUCUGGUGGCUGGAAGAUACCAAAAUAUCCCUUGGUCGUGGGUCACGAAGUGGCUGGCAUCGCCCGCAGGGUCGGCCGCAAUGUCAAAGACAUCCAAGUCGGCGAUGUUGUCGGUUGCGGCGCACAGAUUGGAAGUUGUGGUUCAUGCCGAAGUUGCCGAGAUGGCCAUGAGAAUUACUGUCUACGUGGCUUUGUGGACACAUAUGACGGGCAUUGGCCUGAUGGCACGCGGACGCAGGGCGGAUAUGCGGACUACAUUCGCGUUGAUGGGCAUUUCGUUUUCAAGAUUCCGGACGCUCUUUCACCCGAUCAAGUGGCGCCGAUGUUGUGUGGAGGUCUCACGGUGUUCGCGCCGCUCGUGCAGAACGGUUGUGGAAAAGGAAAGAAAGUCGGUGUGGUGGGUAUCGGAGGGCUGGGCCACUAUGCCGUACAGUUUGCUGCGGCUCUUGGUGCUGAAGUAUGGGCAUUGUCUCAUUCACCGAGCAAACGAGACGAUUGCCUUAAGAUGGGCGCCACACAUUUUGUCGACACGAGCGGCAAGAAUUGGCAUCAAGACCUCGAACAGACGUUGGAUAUCGUCGUGAGUACGAGUGAUUGCGAUGAAGGCUUCCCUUUGAAGGAGUGCAUGAGCUUGUUGAGACCCUUAGGAAGAUUCAUGACGGUGGGUAUGCCGAACAAAGCUCUCCCUACUAUACAUGCAACCGACUUCUUGCCUAAUGGUUGUACCAUUGGAGCGACUCAUAUCGGGAAUCGCCGUGAGGCUCUAGCUAUGCUAGAAGUUGCUGCCAAGAAUGACGUUCGAAGUUGGAUUCACACAGAACGAAUGUCGAGCGCCGGCUGCAAGAAAGUGGUUGAGUCGGUAUCUAAAGGUGGUGCUCGGUACCGAUGGGUGCUCAAGGUUGAACCCGACUCGUUCCCACAAACGAAUGGUCUGACAAAUGGACACCAAUCAGCCAGCUGA